UGUUUGUCGUCAUGCUGUUUGGCGUCAUGCUGUUUGUCGUCAUGCUGUUUGUCGUCAUGCUGUUGGACGUCAUGCUGUUUGUCGUCAUGUUGUUUGUCGUCAUGUUGUUUGGCGUCAUGCUGUUGGACGUCAUGCUGUUUGUCGUCAUGCUGUUUGGCGUCAUGCUGUUUGUCGUCAUGCUGUUUGUCGUCAUGCUGUUUGGCGUCAUGCUGUUUGUCGUCAUGUUGUUUGGCGUCAUGCUGUUGGACGUCAUGCUGUUUGUCGUCAUGUUGUUUGGCGUCAUGCUGUUUGUCGUCAUGUUGUUUGGCGUCAUGUUGUUUGUCGUCAUGUUGUUGGACGUCAUGCUGUUUGUCGUCAUGCUGUUUGUCGUCAUGUUGUUUGUGGUCAUGCUGUUUGUCGUCAUGCUGUUUGUCGUCAUGUUGUUUGACGUCGGGCUGUUUGUCGUCAUGUUGUUUGUCAUCAUGCUGUUUGUCGUCAUGUUGUUUGUCGUCAUGCUGUUUGUCGUCAUGUUGUGUGACGUUGAGCUUGAGUUGGUAG